AUGAUUAGUGGGAAUCAAGAAGUUUUCUUAAAGAAGUUUGACUGCUUGAGUAAGAUUUUGAGGAAAGCACCAUGGGGUUCGCGCUAUCAUCAUAUGGACGAAAGGCACUGUCGAGAACGAAUUAUGAGAGGUAUUAUAUCACAUUUUUCUGAGCAAAACGGGACGUACACUGUUAUUCAUAAACUGGCAACCUCGAAGGGUUUGGAAAGGAAGUGUGGCAGUUUUGGUACUCAUAGCAGAUGCCGGAUGAUUAGAACUAUACUUGAUUGCCUGUCUUGGAAAUGCCGUAGGGAAAUCCUUCGUCUACAAGUCCAGAAAACUGGCAAAACUCCAUUACACCUUGCUGCUAUAACAGGACAACCUUGUCAAAUUGAAGCGCUUAUGUAUUACGAAGCUCCUCCCGACAUUCCUGAUUUCACUAAUCGAACUCCUCUUCAUUAUGCUGUCCUCCGAAAUGACGUGUUCAGUACGAGGAUGCUAUUGUGGUAUGGUGCAGAUGUUUCUCUACUUGAGCGAAAUCGCUUUUUCGCCCACCUGCCUUGUAUGAAUUCGAGCAGUGGGACAGUUUACAAUUUUUUGUGCGCAAGGAAAUUAGCUCUCGAGAAGAAGUUUAUGAAUUGGGUUUCAUUAUUUGUACGUGGUGUUUGGUCGCCUUAUAAAGCAUUUACAGAUCUUCAUUUUACUAAACUUUCUCGAGAAGGUGACUGUCAGCGCAACGUCAUUUUUAGUAGCGAGACCAAAAAGGUGAUUCACACUUUCCUUAAAAGGGUAACUGCGUAUCGUAGCGCUGAACGUUCGGUGCAAUGUAAAGAAGAAUUCGGAGUUCAGCAACUUAUUUUUAUUCUUCCAACAUUUUACAAAGUUAGUGACCUCUGUUCUGAUCCCAAUGAUCCGCAGCUCUACUGCACGCCUAUAACGACGGAUGGAGCAGAAGAUAUUGUAAAGCUUAUCAGGAAUGUGCCAGUACUGAAAGGGCCGUCAGGAAAGCCUGUUAAUAUGCAACCAGCCCUCAUCAACCCUCACAACGGCUAUUUUUAUGUUUAUCAAGUACCUCGUGAUCUUCCCUCAGGAGAAUAUACCCUUUAUUUUGAUGUUGAUAUUAACAAGAUAAAGGAGAAGGCAAAAUAUAUGAUGCUGGCAGUUCAGGGUUUUGUUUGUGGGGCACCCGAUUUUUGCAUAUGGAACACCGCAAAAGUAAAGGGGAAAGCAAAAGUUGAGUGA